AAGGUGAAACGCAUAGUAGACCGUUGCAUAAUGCAUCGUCGGUACGGUAACUACGUACUUUGUCGGUAUAAGCAUUAGCGCGCGGCCUGCGCUAGAUAUUUAUCACGCCAGCUCAAACUACGUGCACAGUCACUUCCAGUGACCUUGCAUUUUCAGCAGAGAUGACGCUACUGAUACAUAGAUAAAUUUUACACCAACCAGAGCUUUGAAUUCGUUCACUAAACUCUACUGCACACAACGAUGCGCUUUGUGCCGCACCUUCACGCUCCAUGCUUGGCAACCAACUGAUCCAUGAUAUUAGGGGAAUCCCACGUCACCAAUAGCAUUCUCUAGUAGGUUUUUAGACCACUUUUCAAAACCGAUGAACAUAUACUGGAUAUGGAAUUACUUUGUCAAGCCACUAAUCUUAACAAUUUUGGACUGCGGAAUUAUUUUCCGUGGAGCCCUCGUAUCGAAGGAGAGUCUCUGGUGAAAAUUGAUAACAUAAACCACAGUCCAGAAGAAAAGGCUUUUCUAUACAAUCGGUUAUGCAGGCAGAUUCCCGAUUUUCAAAGGGCCUACAUUGGGAGGAUAGAAAAUCCGUAUCUAUGGUCUCGUUACGUUUUGCGGUAUGAAGAAAUGAAAGCACAGAACCUAACAAGGCAUGUGACAGAGCAAAUAGUUAUACACGCCACCUCUAUCUCAGCAGCAUACGAAAUUGCAGAUAACAAUUUUGAUUGGAGGCUUGUGAAACGUCAUCGCUAUGGCAAAGGUGUGAGCUUUGCUCGAGACGCAGGUUAUGCCAACCAACACGCAAAACAGAAUGAAGCCUACAUUAUUGCUGGAAUACUUGUUGCUAAAACCAGUGUUGGCCACUACAGUAUACAGAUCCCACCUAACGAUAUUGAUACAACGACCAACCCUCGACAUACAGUUUUUGUUAAAUAUUGUGACAGUGACUUCUACCCAUACUAUAUAGUGUAUUGAAUUGUUUUUGCUGAAAAAUCAGCAUCUGCUAAUGAAUAUCUAACAACAUGCUAUGAUCUUAAGAUAACGAUUAUCAUAAUACGAGUUUAGUAUAUACACAAAUCUCUGAAACAACAUGUUCAGCUGUGUUAUCUCAGUAUUACAUGAGCGUGUUCUUACCAAUUGUAUAAAAGCUAGAGUAAUGUAUGGCGUGUCAUCAGUGCAGAUAGAAGGUACACAAUUAAAAUGAAUAUUGCCUACCUGCUAAUUGGAGUCCUGGUACUAGUCCUCUUUAAUGAAUUCAAAAUCGGCGAAGCGUCUCUUUUGGAGGAGACAGGUUCACUUCAAUCUGAAAAAUUGAAUGAAUGUUAUAAUUGUGAUGUUGUUGAUUGUGGGGAUGGUCGCAAGUGUGAAAUGCAAAAAGUGACAUGCACAAGCUACCCUUGCUGCUGCGAGCGACCAGUGUGCAUUAUAAUGGGCCAGACAAAAUAGAUUUAAGCACCUCCGUAUUGUUAGAUUCGGUGUCUGGUACAUUAUAAAAUCUCAAAUUCAACUUGUAGCUUCAAAUAAAAUUAUUUUCAUAAGUCGAUUUAAAAAUAUCGAGCCUAUGUGAGCCAAUAUAUCAGAAAACACACAUGUAUACCUACAAAAAACUAGGCACGUCAUUUGAUUGCGUCAAAUAAUUUUUUUACCUUGUAAUGCAUUGAGAUGACUUUGAUAAUGGACACUUGUUUGAGUACAAACAUUUUGUAUGAAAUCAAUAACCAGCAAGCAGCUAAAGCAAAUGCUUGAUGUGUAAAUACAAAAAGGCAUGGGCAAUAACAUCUUGAUGAGAUAUAAGGAGAUAUGAUAUCAUACAUUUCACCAAUGAAACUACUGGAAUAAAAGAUUCAAAAUGAAUGUCUUCAACAUACUUGUCAGUAUCUUUACUGUAUUGCUAGUGGUAAAGCUCAAACUGAGCACAGGUUUACAAUGGCCACCUACAAUCAAAAACUGCGAGCCUCACAGCUUUGAGCCAUCAGAUUCGUCGCCAGAAACAGAAGAAAGUGAAAUAUGUAACCCCACAGACUGUUCAACUUGUGCUACCGUUUUGUGUAUGCCGGGCUUCCGUUGUGUCAUGGUUCCAAAUAUCUGCUCAAAACCACCCUGUUGUUGCAAGGAAAAACCAUCCUGCUCGGUACCUGCAUGAGAAGCAGCAUAGCUAUGUUAAUUUCAAAAUUAUUCAUGCUAAUAUCAGAAGUGCCAACAAAUAGUGGGAGUGCCAAAAAUUAGGUCUUUUAUAUAUAUGUCAUUGACUUUGUAGAAUAAAAUGAUGUAAAACAUAAAAAAAAUAAAAACUCAUAAUGCUGAUGAA